GCAAAACGCAUUUAGAAUACUAAUUGAAUUCAUUUUGUCUAUAGAGAUUUGUAAAAUGUGAUGUAAACUACAGUCAAAAUGAGCCAAGAGAGUAGGAAAAUAAUAUCUGUUUUGGUAGUUUUGCAGUAUUUUACCACUUCUGUUCUGACAUAUCACAUUAAAAAUCAGCCCAUUGAUGGAAGCGCAAUUAGCGAACCAACUGAAAAGGCCCAAUGUGACGACAUAGCCAUAAUUGGUGCAGGAAUUGCCGGUACGUAUGCAGCAUGGAGAUUAAGACAACAAAAUAAACAAAUAUCUAUCUACGAAUUCUCAAACCGAGUUGGAGGAAGAAUGUAUACAGUACAGUUCCCAAAUGCUCCGGAUAUAAAUGUGGAGUUGGGUGCUAUGAGGUAUUACCGUAGAUCCCAUGCUUUACUGCAUAACACCAUACAACAGUUAGGGCUUCGAAUCAAAAGAUUUGAUUUAGGAUCUGGACCAUCACCUGACACUACUUUCAAUGUACGAGGAGUCCACUUGCGUUAUGACGAAUUAGGUGGUAAUAAAACACCCUACAGACUUCUACCGAAUGAGAGAAAACCCGUUGAUCAACUAUUAUGGGAGGUAACUAGGAAUAACACCGAUGUGCUAACAACAAAUGUUCCAGACGAUGAUAAAAUGUUUUACGUGAAAGAUAGAAGUGGAGUAUCAAUGUAUGAACAAAGUGUUCAGUCUUAUUAUCAUAAAUAUCUAAGCGCUGAGGCACAGCAUUACAUCAGAGAAACUGAUGGCUUUGAUUCAAUACACAGGGAAGCCGUUGCAUCAUUUGCUGUUCGAACCUCUCCGCCAUCUAAUUCAAGUAAUGACGUUUUAACUGUGGCGACAGGAUUUUCCUCAAUACCUAAUAAAUUACUUCAGCAAUUUCUACGUGCUAGUAUAAGGCAUUCUAUCAAGCUGAAUCACGACCUUAAAGGGAUCAGAAAAAGAGGAGACGGUUAUUAUAACCUAUUUUUUAAACCUACAAUCACUAGAAGCAGUACCACGUGGACUCCAAGGCCUGCAGCAUUAAAGAUGAAGUGCGCUAAACAAGUCAUACUUGCAACCAAUAGAUUUUCACUUGAAAAAUUGGACUGGCAGGGUCUUUACCAGCCUCGUAUUAGAGAAUAUUUAACAAAAUCAGUAAAAGAUAAACCCGCAGCUAAGCUUUAUUUCAGUUAUGAUUCUCCCUGGUGGAGGAGAUCUCCGGUUUAUUCUGACUAUAUAAUAUCAGACACUCCGUUAAGACAAACGUACGACUUUGGUACUUCCAAACUUAAUCCACCCAAGUCUGUACUACAGGCUAUGUAUAUGGAUAGUGAUGCACCUUAUUGGGAAGAACUAUUUGACAGAGGAAAUGUAAAUGAACCUAAUGGUCACUUCGUCUUAAUGGGAAAAGAAUUUGUACAAGUUACACAUAAAUAUUUGGCUGAUAUAUAUAAAUUACCUGUUCGAAAAAUACCACCACCAACAAAGGCAGCUGCCUAUCUAUGGAAAAAUUAUCCGUACGGUGGUGCAUGGCAAAUAUGGAUGCCGGGAUAUAUAUGGCCGGCGGUUGAAAGGGAAAUGACAAAACCGUCAGUCAGCGAUGAAGUCUAUGUGGUUUCAAACGCUUUCAAUGCGCGGUCUUUGUCAAUUUGGUCAAACGCAGCGCUUCAAUCAGUUGAACUUGCCAUGCCAUAUUUUGGAUUGAAACCAAGAUAGAAUAAUAAAAUUUUGAAGCAAAACAUGCUUUUCCCUUUU